AUGGCCUCAAUACCUUGGCUCUAUUUUAUAGCUGCUGCUGUUAGUGGUAUCGCAGCCCACUUGUGUGCCUUCAUACACGGAGACUGGCACUUGCACAUUCCUCAUGUCAUCUUCGCUCAUUGUGCUGGCUAUGCGUUACUUUUACUCAAACUUAGAUAUCAGGAAUUCAGUAUCAUAGACUCGCUCCAGGUAUCGACUGUCUUAUCUGCAUGUUAUCUUUUGUUUUUAUUCACCAGUAUCAUCAUAUACCGCGUCGUCUUCCAUCGAUUGCGAAGCUUCCCGGGGCCUCGUCUUGCAGCAGCUACCAAACUUUGGAGUAUAUGGAAAACGAGGGAUUCCAGGAACCACCUCUUGAUGCAACGGUUAUUUGAGCAAUAUGGACCAAUAGUCAGAACUGCUCCGAAUGAGCUCACGGUUUUCCAUCCUGAAGGCGUCGAACUCGUGAAAGGUGGAAAAAACGGAACAGAUCAGUACCACGGAAAGGGUGUUUGGUAUGAUCUGAUUCAUCCCAAAACAUCGGUUGUGUUCAACCGUAAGCCUGUAGAGAACGCCGUUCGUCGUCGUCCUUGGGAUCGAGCUGUUUCACCCGCAAGUCUUAGAACUUAUGCGGCAAAUAUAGUGGCCCCCGCUUCGGAAGUUCUGAAUUUCGUUUCCAAUGCCCAAGGCGAACCCGUCAGUAUCAAUGACCUUAUGACAGGACUUAUCUUUGACUUCAUGAGUGUGAUCGUCUUUGGUGAAGUCUCUAGCAAAGCCGAUGCAGAAGAGCAACUCAGCACGUUACUUAAACUCAAAGGGGCACUCGUUGUACUAGCACCGUGUGGAGACAGCGUCUGGCCAGCCCUUUUUGCCUUCAACUUUCUUCGAUUCUUGAAACCGGUUCAAAGCUGGCUAGGUCUUGUAGAGUCCUGCCGCUCACGUAUGCUGAAACGAAUGAAUAAAAAAGACAAUGAAGUCGAUGUUUCAAGCUUUUUCCUCAAAGAUUACCACGAUUCGACUGGGAUAAUUAGUCUUGAGAAACGUCAGAAUGCACUCCUCGGAAACACUAUCUCUGCACUGGUUGCUGGUAGUGAUACCGCACGCGCUGCCAUGAUUGGGAUAUUCUAUUUCCUGUGCAAAUACCCGGCAUAUGCGGACAAAAUUUAUGAGGAAUUAAAGAAUGUUGAUGAAAAAGAUUCGACAGUACUCGCAGGCAAGCCAUUCUUGAAUGCUUUUAUAAAAGAGGCUUUGCGUGUAGCGCCCCCCUCGAUGACUGGUCUUGCUCGAAUCAUAGGUCCACAAGGCUUGUGGAUUGACAAUACCUUCAUUCCACCAGGUGCCCAAGUUACUGCACCAUACUACAAUUCGCAUCGCUUAUCUUCUGCAUUUCAAGAUCCAACCGAAUUCAUCGCGGAACGUUGGACAAGCCGACCAGAUCUUAUCAAAGACAAGCGCGCAUAUGCCCCAUGGGGUGCUGGUCAGCAUAUCUGCCCUGGAAAAGCACUCGCUAAUGUGGAAUUGCGUUAUGUCACAGCACUUUUCGUCAAGACAUUCAAGAUCAAGUUCGCACCGGGUCACGACCCGGAGAAAUUUUGGACAGAUAUGCUGGAUCAAGUGACAAUGCAGCCGGGAGAUAUUUGGUGUGUGUUUGAGCCACGAAACUGA